AUGGAGACCAAGGAGAAUCCAGCAUCAUCCUUCAGUACUUGGGACUAUGUGGUUUUUGCCCUCAUGCUGGUCAUCUCAGCAGCUAUCGGUGUUUAUUAUGCUUUCGCCCAGCGCCAACAGCAGACCAUCAGGGAUUUUCUGGUGGGUGGCCAGAGUAUGACAGCUGUACCCAUUGCUCUGUCACUGACGGCCAGCUUCAUGUCAGCUAUCACGGUGUUGGCAACACCAGUGGAGGUCUACUGUAAUGGAGCUAUCUUUGUUUUAAGCUGCUUAGGCUUUGUCCUGAUGGUGGCCAUCAGCUCAGAGGUCUUCCUUCCUAUCUUCUAUAGGCUAGGAAUAACAAGCACGUAUGAGUACCUGGAGUUGCGGUUCAACAAAGUGGUUAGGCUGUUUGGGACAGUGCUGUUCAUCAUUCAGACAUUAAUGUACACUGGAGUGGUUAUCUAUGCACCAGCUUUGGCUCUAAACCAAGUGACAGGAAUAAGUCUGUGGGGAGCUUUGAUAUCAACUGGAGUGGUUUGUACCUUCUACUGCACCUUGGGGGGAUUAAAGGCUGUGGUGUGGACCGACGUGUUCCAGAUGAUCAUCAUGCUGGCUGGGUUCCUGGCUGUCAUUGUCCAAUCAGUGCUUCUACAGGGCGGGGUCUCUGUCAUCUUCAAGGACUCUGCUGAUGGUGGACGACUCAACAUAUGGGACUUUGAUCCCAGCCCUCUGAGGAGGCACACAUUCUGGACCAUCCUCAUCGGCACUACAUUUAUCUGGACCAGUAUGUAUGGUAUUAAUCAAGCUCAGGUGCAGAGAUAUGUGUCCUGCAAGACUCUUCUCCAUGCCAAAAUGUCACUGUAUAUAAACUUGGUGUCACUCUGGGCCAUUCUUCUGUCUUCAGGAUUUUGUGGUUUGUGUUUGUAUUCAUUUUAUAAGAACUGUGAUCCAUGGACAGCAAAAAUGGUGUCUGCUCCGGACCAGCUCAUGCCGUACCUGGUAAUGGACAUCCUGGGGGACUUCCCUGGCAUUCCUGGCCUGUUUGUGGCAGCAGCGUACAGUGGCACACUGAGCACAGUCUCGUCCAGUGUAAACGCUCUAGCUGCAGUGACAAUUGCAGAUCUGAUUGGACCAUACUUCAGCUUGUCACAGCAACAUCUUUCCUGGGCAUCAAAAGGACUGAGUGUGUUCUAUGGAAUAGCAUGCAUUGGGCUGGCUGGUGUUGCAUCUUUGAUGGGAGGAUUGUUACAGACAACUAUCAGUGUUCUUGGUGCUCUUGGUGGACCUCUGUUGGGCCUUUUCUCUUUAGGCAUCCUGUUUCCUUCUGCUAAUUCCAAUGGAGGCUUGGCUGGACUGCUCAGCGGAUUAAUCGUGUCACUCUGGGUUUGUGUCGGAGCUCAGAUCUACAAGCCUUUAGCAGAGAACAUCAGGCCUCUUUCUUUACAGACACACGGUUGCAACAUCACCACAGAUGAAAAUUACGUACUGAACUGGACAAGCUACUCAACACAGGCAAGCUAUGUCACUUCAGCUGAGCAGCACAAAGCUAUGGACAGGCCUUUGCUGGCUGAUUACUGGUACUCACUCUCUUACAUGUAUUUCUGCCCACUGGGAACUCUAGUUUGCAUAGUUAUCGGGCAGACUGUGAGUUUGUUCUCAGGGGGUAGAAGAUUAAAACUAGAACCAGGCCUGACAUUAAUGAAGGAGGAUUUAACUUGCUAUAAGAUCUACAAAUUACUAAAGCAGGUAAGUAUAAGAAAUACAGAUAGACUUGACAUGGUUACAGAGAAAGAGAAAUCUGGCAGAACCAACCUUGCAUUUUGUGAUGUGGAGCUGGAUAUCACAAAAACUCAAACACACAGAUCUGUAUAGGAUAUUUUUAGUUGUCUUUAAACUCAUCUUCUUUGCACUCAUCCUGCAAGCUUUCAUAUCUUUUCAUACACCUUUUAUUUGCAAGCUUGUGUAUCUGUCACAAUUCUACCACUGGCCCUGACAGACAAUUUCCCGUUGAAUCUGAAACCCAGUAUGUAUGAGAACUAAACUGAAAUUCUCCACUCAACGCUGACACUCAACACGUAUCUUUUGACUAGGCAAAAAAAAAAAUAAUAAUACUAUUCUCCCAACAUAUCUUCAAGUGACUCUAUUUUCUUUCAGCGUAGCAGGACGACGCUGCAGAUAGGUGUGAAUGUCUUUUUGCAUAAUGAUUUGUAGUAUAUAAUAAACAUUAUUGUUGCAAGCCAGGGUUCAGAGUGUUGAGCAAACCCUGAUGUUU